UAAACUUGCAAACCCGUCCGUCAUGGAGCAAGCUACUUACUACUCCAUCUGCCUCUUCUUGGCUCUACUCCUCCCGCUGCUGCUCCUCAAGCUGAGCAGGAAGCGUGGCGGCGGCGACGGCGCCCUGCGCCUGCCGCCAGGCCCGUGGCGUCUGCCGGUCAUCGGCAGCCUGCACCACCUCGCGAGCAGCCCGCUCGCGCACCGCGUCAUGGCCGACCUCGCGCGCCGGCUGGACGCGCCGCUCAUGUACCUCAAGCUCGGGGAGAUCUCCGUCGUCGUGGCCUCGUCCCCGGACGCCGCGCGCGAGGUCAUGAAGACGCACGACGUCGCCCUGGCCGACCGGCCCUGGAACCCGACCAUCAAGAUCAUGAUGGCCGACGGGCAAGGCCUCGUCUUCGCGCGCUACGGCGCCCUCUGGCGGCAGCUCCGCAAGAUAUGCAUCCUGGAGCUACUCAGCGCGCGCCGCGUGCAGUCGUUCCGCCAGAUCCGGGAGGACGAGGUCGGCCGCCUCGUGGCCGCCAUCGCCGCCGCGCCGCCCGGCCAGCCCGUCAACGUCAGCGAGCGGAUCGCCGUGCUCAUCACCGACUCCGCCGUGCGCACCAUGAUCGGGGACAGGUUCGAGAGGAGGGAGGAGUUCUUGCAGGUCCUCGAGGAGGGGGUCAAGCUCGUCUCCGGGUUCAGCCUCGGCGACCUGUUCCCGUCGUCCUGGCUCGCCAACUUCAUAAGCGGCACCGCGCGGAUGGCCAAGGAGGUCCACCGGAAGAGCUUCGAGCUCAUGGAGUAUGCCAUCAAGCAGCACGAGGGCAAGAGGGCCGUGGAGGAUGGAGAGGACCUGGUGGACGUGCUCUUGAGGAUACAGAAGGAAGGUGGCCUCGAGGUGCCUCUCACCAUGGGGAUCAUCAAAGCAAGUAUCCUGGACCUCUUCAGUGCCGGGAGCGAGACGUCUGCAACGACACUGCAAUGGGCAAUGUCGGAGCUCAUGAGGUACCCAAAUGUGAUGAAGAAAGCACAAACCGAAGUACGCGAUUGCAUCGGAGAAAAGCCCAAGGUGACCGAGGAUGACUUGACCGACCUAAAAUACCUCAGACUCGUCAUCAAGGAGACACUGAGGUUGCACCCACCAGCCCCGCUGCUUAUUCCACGGGAGGCCAUGGAGUCCUGCAAAAUCCUCGGGUACGAUGUGCCAAAGGGCACAACCGUGCUUGUGAAUGCAUGGGCGAUCGGUAGGGACCCUAAGCACUGGGAUGACCCAGAGGAAUUUAAGCCAGAGAGGUUCGAGUCUGGCAUCGUCGAUUUCAAAGGCACGGACUUCGAGUACAUACCGUUUGGGGCGGGGAGAAGGAUGUGUCCUGGUAUGACGUUUGCACAGGCCAGCAUGGAGAUCGUCCUCGCCGCACUUCUCUACCACUUCGACUGGGAGCUCCCGGCGGGGCUGAAGCCAGGUGAGGUCGACAUGGUGGAGGACAUGGGUAUCACCGUCCGGAGGAAGAACGACUUGUACCUGCACCCCGUCGUCCAUGUGUCGCCAGCUUGAUCUGCAGUUCAAUAGCUUGCGGUCACAAUUUCUCGUGUACGAGUCAUUUGUCUCUCGUGUUGUCGGAUGUCGAAAUACCAUUGAACGUUUACUGUCAAA